CUUUGUUCGAGGAGAGAAGGCUUAUCUUGCAAAAAUCGAGCUGGAACGAGCAAAGGUCUGUGAACUCGAGCUGUGAGAGUGCUGAGACUGUUUGGUCGAUAUCUCGAGUUUUACAAGUCCAAUUAAGGCGUGUGAGAUACCCACAGAAAGCUCUCAAGACGGGGAAUCCGUGAAGGUCUGGUUUGCAGGAAUCGGAGUUGUGUAAGGCUUCCAAAUCGUCCGAGCAAAACACAACCUCGCAGGAGAGGAUUUAAUCUUCUAAAGAAUCGAGUUAGCCGGAAAACACCCGUUCUAGGGGCUGUUUUCGUAUCAACGAUUAAGGGUUGAACUAGCACUUUGAGGAGGCUGUUUAACACUCAUAUUUGAGCAAGGAAUCAGUCCCAAAUCCACCUUGACCAAAGAUUUGACCAUUGGACCAAGAAGGGAAAGUUUAAAGCUCAAUUGAGGUUGAGGCUAGAGCUUGCUUCCUGUGCUCGUUGAUCGAGUGAUUCCUUGGAGAGAAGACUUGAAAUGGACCGUGGUGGCAAGGUAACUAGGAGGAACCCUUUGGGCCGUGCACCCGAGGAGACUGGGCAAGGCAGUCGUAGGACCUCUAGGGCAUCUAGAGGAGCGGGCCGUGGAGGCCAAUCACGGACCGUGAGUGACGGUCAUGUGAGCACCGAAAGUGACAGCUACUGGUCCUAUGAGGACUCGACCUAUCGGCCGGAAACAGAGCCGGUUGAAACCCCUUAUGAAGGGGAUGAUGAUGAUGUAAGUGAUGAGGAGGACAACGGCUCCUUAGCGCGGAUUGAGGCACUACUCCAACAAUAUCACCGUGAGCGUGAAGAGAGGAGGGAACGCCGAAGGCGCCGGGCUGGGCAACCUUCGGGCAUGGCUUCACGAGGAGGAAGUCAUGGUGCAUCUAGAGUCCAUGUGGAACCACGUGGAGGCCAAAAUGAUGGAGGUCCAACCAUAAGGAUCUCCAAAUACAUCAAAGAAGCAAGAGAUUUGGGGUGCAAACCCUUUGAUGGAGCAGGGGACAUUUCAGUGGCAGCACAAUGGAUCAAGAGGCUAAAUGAAGCGGCCCUUGACAUGCAAAUCGCGCCGAAUCUCAAACUGAGAAUUGCGGUAAGAUUGCUCGAGGGGAUGGCAUCCAAGUGGUGGGAUGGAACCAAGAACAAGUACGGUGAGACCGUCGUUUGGGAGGACUUCCAACGGGAGUUCUUUGCCCAAUACUAUUCUGAUUUCGAGGUGAAUAAGAAGGUGAGGGAAUACACCCUCCUAACCCAAGGGGGUAACAUGUCAGUGAAGGAGCUUGAGUACAAGUUCCGGGAUCUCGCCGACUACAUACCGGAGUAUGCUUGUGACGAGAACCGCAUGGUGAACCACUUUUGGGACGCUCUUGACUUGGAGAUACGUGAUAGGGCAACGCAAUUGCCUAAUAUGACUUUCGCCCAAGUGGUUGAACAAGCAUUGAAAGGGGAGAAACAGUGGGAGGAACGGAAGAAGAGAGACGCCGAGGAGGCGAAAAAGAGAAAAUGGGAGAGUCAUGGCUCCCAAGGUUCCAACAAAAAGGGGAACCAUGGAGGAGGAUCUUUCCGGGCACCACCGCCACCGUCUAGGGGGAACCAAGGCCCGAGUGGGCAAGGCUCGAGGUCACAAACCUCGGUGGUAACUCGUUGCAACAAUUGCAAGAAGAACCACUCCGGUAAAUGUCGCGACCCCCCUAGAUGCUUUCAAUGUGGGGAUGCCGGGCAUUUGAAGGCACAUUGUCCACAACUGGGCGGGGCAAGGACAUCGGGACCAAGCAGUGGCCCGACGGGUACACGGAGUCAGACCGGGGCCUCUCAAGCAAGCAGAGGACAAGGGGGAGCAAGCGCGAGUAACGCGCCGUCCGUGAAUCAAGGAAGGACGCAAGCUAGAGUCUACGCAAUGACCGAGGCUGAUGCUCGGGCUAAUCCCGACUCCGUCGCAGGUAAUACACUUAUUCGGGUCAUUUCUAGGCUUAUUUUGAUCAUAUACGUCGUUGGGAUUGAGUACGGGCCACCCCGGGGUCAAACUGGGUGAGUUAGGCCGAAUCGGGCUGGAAACAGCCACUGCUGGCCAGGCACGCCCGAAGGCACGCCGUGCCUGGAAUCGUGCCUGGAAGGCAGUGGCACCCGAAGGAAAGAAAAAAAAAAAAAAUUUUGGGCCAGGCACGGCCGCAGGCACGCCGUGCCUGGGAGGCAGUAGCGCCCAGGGCUUUUUCCCAAGCCAGGCACGACCGUGCCUACCCCAGGCACGCCGUGCCUUGCACCCAGAUUGCCGAAACCUGAUUUUUUCGCACCGUUUUGCGACGUUAAGGCCUCUUCUUGAUCUCUAACGUGCGUGUGAACAUUGCAACCUUCUAUAAAUGAGUAGGGAGGAUAGGAAAGAUGUCUUACAUGGUUCAUGAAUGUAGGGACACUAAAGAUUAACGGGAAGGAUGCACGAAUCCUUAUCGAUACCGGAGCGCAACGUUCAUUCGUGAGUGAGGCGUUUGCCGAGAGCUUAGAGAUGCAAUCAAUACCAAUGACACAAACCUUAGUGGUAUCAACCCCACUAGGGGAAGACGUUGAAAGAAACAAUUACUAUCCAUCUUGUAUGGUGGAAAUCGGUGGCCAAACCUUGACGUGUGAUUUCGUACCGCUGAGUAUGAUGGAGUUCGAUGCAAUCCUAGGGAUGGAUUGGCUAGAAAAGCAUCAUGCUAGGGUAGAUUGCUACACAAAGGUGUUGGAACUCGAAGGCACGCAUGGGGACACCCUACGCUUCGAGGGGGACCGCGGCAAAUCAAAUAGUUGUAUCACAUCCGCCGUGAGAGCGAGAAAUAUGAUGAGGAAGGGAUGCCACGCAUAUCUAGCAUACGUGGUUGACAAAACCAAAGAGGGAACGAACAUCGAUGAUGUGAGGGUGGUUUGUAAGUAUCCGGAUGUCUUCCCUAAAGACCUACCGGGGCUUCCACCUGACAGGGAGAUUGAAUUUGUGAUCGAGGUCGAGCCUGGUACCAAACCAAUCUCCAUACCGCCAUACCGGAUGGCACCCGCUGAACUUAACGAGUUAAAAACCCAAUUGCAAGAGCUUUUGGAUAACGGUUUCAUUAGACCAAGCCACUCCCCGUGGGGAGCACCGGUUCUUUUUGUGAAAAAGAAAGAUGGGACACUUCGAAUGUGCAUUGACUAUCGUCAACUGAACAAGGUCACAAUCAAGAAUAGGUAUCCGUUGCCUAGGAUUGAUGACUUGUUUGAUCAACUACGAGGAGCAACCGUGUUUUCGAAGAUUGACUUAAGGUCGGGGUACCAUCAAUUGAAGAUUAAGGAAGAUGACAUACCAAAGAGUGCUUUCCGCACAAGGUAUGGGCAUUUUGAGUUCCUUGUUAUGUCGUUUGGGUUAACAAACGCCCUGGCGGCAUUCAUGGACUUGAUGAACCGAGUAUUUCAUAAAUACUUGGAUCGAUUCGUGAUUGUGUUCAUAGAUGACAUCUUGAUUUACUCAAAGAGUGAAGAAGAGCAUGAGGAGCACUUGAUACUUGUUCUUGAAACACUACGGGAGAAGCAACUCUAUGCCAAAUUUUCUAAAUGUGAAUUUUGGCUAAAGGAGAUUGGCUUCCUCGGGCACGUGGUUUCGGGAUCGGGGAUUGCUGUUGAUAACAAGAAGAUAGAAGCCAUCACUGAAUGGGAGAGGCCAAAGAACGUCAAGGAAAUUCGUAGUUUCCUUGGAUUGGCAGGCUACUAUAGAAAGUUCGUGGAAAAGUUCUCUGUUUUGGCAUCGCCAUUGACGAAGCUCACUCGUAAAGGAGCUAAGUUUGUAUGGGAUGACAAAUGUGAGAAGGGGUUCAUGGAACUAAAGAAGAGAUUGACUGAGGCACCGGUACUUGCAUUACCCAAACAAGGUGUGGGGUACGAUGUCUAUAGCGAUGCGAGCAUCCAAGGGCUCGGAUGUGUACUGAUGCAGAAUGGGAGGGUAAUCGCCUAUGCUUCACGACAAUUGAAGAAGCAUGAGGUGAAUUAUCCUACUCAUGAUUUGGAGCUCGGGGCAGUGGUAUUUGCACUGAAGAUAUGGAGACAUUAUCUCUACGGGGAGACAUGUCACAUAUACACUGAUCACAAGAGCUUGAAGUACGUGUUUACUCAGAAAGAGCUAAACAUGAGACAGAGACGGUGGAUGGAGCUGAUAAAAGACUACCAUCUGGUGAUAGAGUAUCACCCAGGCAAGGCAAACGUGGUGGCAGAUGCUUUGAGCCGGAAGAGCUCGUCUGGGGCAUUGAUAACUAAUUUGAGGGCAUUAAAAGCCCAACUGGAGGUAACCAGCGAUGGUGCCUUAUUGGCACGAUUUGAGGUGAGACCCACUUUACUUGAUGAGAUCAAGAAGGGUCAGGAAGCCGACGAAGAACUUAUGAAGGUCCGGGAACGCAUGCAAGCGGGGCCGGUGGAGGAUUUCAGGGAAAGAGAUGAUGGUCUCUUGUUAUUUCGUGACCGAGUGUGUGUACCGUCAGAUGAUGAGCUCCGAAAGUCCAUCUUAGAGGAGGCUCAUUCAUCGGCUUAUGCCAUGCACCCGGGGGGCACGAAAAUGUACCGUGAUUUGAAGGAAAGCUACUGGUGGUCUGGAAUGAAGAGGGAAAUAGCCGAGUACAUCAGUCGGUGCCUUACUUGUCAACAAGUUAAGGCAGAACAUCAGCACCCAGCAGGCUUAUUGCAACCACUCUCCAUCCCUGAAUGGAAGUGGGAGCACGUGACUAUGGAUUUCGUGGUAGGCUUACCACGGACUAUCAGGAACUAUGACGCGGUUUGGGUCGUUGUGGAUAGGCUCACAAAGAGUGCACACUUCUUGCC